AUGCCGUUUCUUCGUCGUCGAGGCAAUAUGGUCAGUGAGGCCGGAGCACAAAGCAAUACCGGCGACAGCGUUUCUGAUGAGAACAACGCCGAGGGUCACACCGGCGCUCCAAUACUCAUGUCGUCUCCAUCCUCAGAACCCUCAAUCCGGGAACAUGGGCAACGGCGGGCAUCGGAAGACAAAGGCGCCACCUUUCCUAGACACCUGAGCCCUGAGACGACUGUCCAAGAGUCCUAUAAACACCGACGAUUUUCUGUGUUGCGCUUUCGAAACGCCUCCGACUCCCAACUAUCCCUCAGGGCAAAACAGCAGGCCGAGAGGCCUCCUCCUGUCCCAAGACCCCCUGCCAUCAUUACGACAGCCCCGACCAACGAUAUUGCUGGCCCAAAGAAGAUACACUCUGGCAUGAAUCUUGCCUCGAAGUUUCGACGCUCCAACGAUGUUCUUCGAGAUGACAGUGGCAACCGCAGGAAUAUGAGCAAGAUGUCGAGGAAACUAUCCACAGAUGGGAGUGGCAGACCCUCUCUCGCUCUGAUGGAUGAACCGCGAUCACCUCGUCCAUCUACACAAUCCACGGCUAUCUCGAACCACACCGCUUUGACCACAUUUGACAAUCGCCAAUCCGAGUCGUCCAGGUCUGAUACCAGCUCACCCGACCGCAUACAUCACUCGAGCCCAUCCACUACCCCCAAGCAAGCCGUGCCUUCCAACUCAUUCUUCAAACUGCGCAGGAUAAAAAAAGCAGCCGAACCUUUCUUCCCCGUUGCACAUCUACAGCAAAAGAAAGCAGGCGUUAUCAGAACGGAGUCUUCGACAUCUCUUCGUAUCACUCCUACGCCUCGUCCGGCCUCAGCACAAAGCGUGAUAACCCCUCGUGCAAAUGCGGACCAGGAUGCUCAUGGGCUGGAACCCGGGACAUCUGCCCCUGUGGCCCUCGUUGCUCACAAAGCUGGCCCAUUCUCAAGUCACUCUUCCGCGACACAACCCAACCUGCUGCGAGGCAGGUCAUCUACAAUAAGCUCUGUAACACACCAAUCGACUGAUAGUCAUCUGCCGCCUGCCGUACGGAUUUCAAUGUCGACAGGCCGGAAGAGCUUUGGAGACUUGUUUGGGCUUAGUCGCACACGUCAAACUUCCGAACUGAGUCGUCAUGGCUCCCUUACGCCAGCAACCCCUGGCUCCAUCGCGUCGAAGAGCAAUUCACUCCAUCUUCCCAGAGAGCCGGUCAUUUUGCCCGAACGACGCAAGGAUGAGUCUCCGGCCAAAUAUCUCGCCCGCCUUGAAGAGGUUGUACGCCACGGGCUGAUAGCCUCUGCCUUGUCAAAGGACUCUGAUCCUUUCUCUAUGGCAGUCUUGCGAAGCUACAUGCGUGGUUUGAGCUUUUUUGGCGACCCAAUGGACAUGGCUAUUCGAAAGCUACUUAUGGAAACCGAACUGCCAAAGGAGACACAGCAGAUAGACCGAUGUCUUCAGGCAUUUGCCAAUCGAUAUCAUGAGUGCAACCCUGGCAUUUACUCCUCCCCAGAUCAGGCUUACUUCAUUGCGUUCUCCCUCCUCAUUUUGCAUACGGAUGUCUUCAACAAAAACAACAAGCACAAAAUGCAGAAACGUGAUUACCUUAAAAACACACGUGGUGAAGGCAUAUUCGACGAUAUACUUGAAUGCUUCUAUGACAACAUUUCAUACACUCCAUUCAUUCAUGUUGAGGACGAUGUCGACCUGACUCAAGAGCGCAAUAUUACGAUCAAACCGAGAAGAAAACAAUUUUUGUCAUCCACUGCUGGGGACGCGGCCAAGCGAACUGCGAAGGAACCUAUUGAUCCAUAUACACUCAUACUGGAUGGAAACUUGGAUGCCUUGCGGCCAAGUUUAAAGGAUGCAAUGCAUUUGGACGAACACUACAAUUACUUGGGAACGGCUAGCUGCCUCAACCUCAAAGACCUGCAGAAAACGUUUUUCAGGACAGGAGUCUUGCAAAUUGUCUCAGCGAGAUCUCGACCAGACGCUUUCAUGUCAGAGCAAACUGUCACGAAUCCAGAAAAUGCACAUCCUGGUAUCGUCGAUAUUAAAAUAACCAAAGUUGGCUUACUCUGGCGGAAGGAUACCAAGAAGAGGAAAGCUCGUUCUCCGUGGCAGGAAUGGGGUGCUAUACUUACGGGCGCCCAACUGUAUUUCUUUCGAAACACCAGUUGGGUUAAGAAUCUUAUUCAUCAAUACGAAAACCAUAUCAAGGCAGGCCAUGACGGAAUUCCAAUAAUAUUCAAGCCACCUCUAGAGGAGUUCAAGCCGGAUGCGUUGAUUUCAACCCAUGGAGCUGUUGCGCUAUUGGACACUACGUAUAAAAAGCACAAGAAUGCGUUUGUCUACGUCAGACAGGGAGGGCUUGAUGAGAUGCUUCUUGCCGACAGCGAGGACGAGUUGAAUGACUGGCUUGCCAAACUCAACUACGCCGCCGCAUUCAGGACGUCGGGUGUUAGGAUGCGUGGCGUCAUUGGAGGCAACUACGAUGGUCAGGGCCGCCGUGGUAUAAGGCGUCUCGAUAGUUUCAGUUCCAGCCAAGUUGUCCAAUCACCCACUGGUCCUGUGUCCGUUGCCCGGGGGAAAAUUGAUCACAAGAUGGCAGAAGAUAUCCAAUCGGCUAGGCGAGAUGGAAUUCAGUAUAAAAUUGCUGAAGCGGACCGCAAAGUGUACGACGUCCAAAGACAGCUUGAAGAGCAGCUGAGGAAUGCGCGUCAUUUGCAAAUCCUGGCUCCCAUUCAACCCCGAACAAGAGAACAGUUAUUGCUAGCUGCAGCUCGGACAGCUGCGCAGUUGAAGUGGACUCGAAUGGAGAUAUGGAAGGAGAAAUGCCACCGAGAUAUCCUUAUUCAAGAUCUUGCUGAGGAUUGGCCGCCUUCCGCAUCAUUUGUCACACCAACCAAGAAACAACUUGAAUCUGGAUCGUCAGCAUCCCCCAUAACACAACCACUGGCUUCCAAACCAACGAGUGGCAACGAGAGUGGUUCCGAAACUCCUAUCGGUCCCUCUUUAGUUCGGUGUUCGCCUAUGGCCAAGAAUAAUGUUGGACCAGAUUUGAUGUCCAAGCAGCCAUUCCCGAUGCCCCCGAAUACUGCCACCAGGCAGUGGGGGGCCUCCGGUGACCCGACUGACUCAGCAUCGGAUGUAGGAAGCAUUCGCCAUGGCUCUCACGCAAGCACUAGCCCUUCGCCGCCCCAGUCCACCACGUCCAUCACAACUCCUGCGCAACGGGCUUCAUCGUGUGUCGGGACAAGAAUGGCAUUACCAAGCACAGAUAGCCCUAGCCAGGAUGAUGUUGAUGCUGAUGAACGUGAUCUGUUGAGGCAGACCGGGUUGUGGGAGGCUAGAUUCGGUAGAGAGCUUGCAAGCAAGGGACUGGUGUCCACAUCGGUAGACAAUGCCGAACACCAAACCUCUUCCGACCGGGAUGUGUUGGACAGAACCAAAAUUCGGCGAAGCCUUCAACGCACACUCCGAGAAGGUGCCGGUCAUCUAUCUCAUCACCGCAGUAGGAGAGGCAGAGAGCUGGGGCCAGGUGGGCUACCCGAGGAAUCCCCUCGGGACACAAUUCUCUCACGGGGUACAGGAAGCUUCGUUGUCCAUGGCAAGAAAGCGUCGGUUAUAAAUCUCGGUACUGAGAUACAGUCCAUGUCGCAAGACGAGAAAGUUAUUGGUCGAAAGCAGCAGCAGCAGAUGGAGCUACGUCUUGCUACACUUGUUUCUAAUGGCGAGCCACAUGACGACUUUCACUCUGCUCACGAAAUCCCAUCGCACCAAACCGAGCUCAACACCGGCCGUAGAGAGUCUGCGGCAAGUGCUGGUACUGCUACUGCUCGAAGCUUCCGGGAGCUCUAUAGAAGAUACUCGACUGCUCAGGCGGCUAGGAGUGUCUCUGCGGGUGGAAGGUUGGCUGUUCCGUCUGAUGGGGAAAGCGAGGCUGUGGUGAGCCUCUCCGAGGGUCGUCAGUCACCUCUACUCCUUGAGUCAGAAAAUGAGGGUAUAGAUGCGUACGACCAAGAGACCGAAGAGUCAUAUCAGAGCCAAGAAAUGUUCGUGGACCGGCCACGUGAACCUGGUGACGAAAGCGAUGAGGAUUCGCUUCCAGGGCCAAACCACCUGCUUAGUCGUCCGGUACAAGUUGUGAACGCGUGA